AUGGUCGCUGCUCUCCGUAAUGUCUUCAAUGUCUCACGCUCUCCACUACUUGCACGUACCUCAAUUCGAUUCUCUUCAACAACAGCUUCAAGACACCUUACUCUAAAAGAACGUCUUGCCGAGCUCAUCCCUACAGAAAUAGAAAAGGUAAAAGCAAUACGAGCAGAGCAUGGUAAAAAGGCUUUCGGUCCCGUAACAGUCGACCAACUCUAUGGUGGUAUGCGUGGUCUCCCAGCCCUCAUCUGGGAUGGCUCCGUACUCGACCCAGAGGAUGGUAUCCGUUUCCGUGGAAAGUCCAUCGACGAGUGCAAGAGCCUUCUACCUGCAGCACCAGGUGGCUCGGAACCCCUUCCAGAAGGUCUCUUCUGGCUUCUCCUCACUGGCGAAAUUCCAUCCAAGGAACAGGUUGCAGAGCUUAGCCGUGACUGGGCUGCUCGCGCCGAGAUACCUGAUUUCGUAAAGGAGAUUAUCGACCGCUGCCCUCCCACCCUCCAUCCCAUGAGCCAGUUCUCCAUGGCAGUCACCGCACUCAACCAUGACUCUGCCUUUGCCAAGGCAUACCAAGACGGUGUCUCUAAGAAGGAAUACUGGGGUUACACAUUUGAGGACUCCAUGGAUCUCAUUGCCAAACUCCCCAACAUUGCAGGUCGCAUAUACCGCAACGUAUUUGGUGAUGGAAAACUCCCUGCCAUCGACAGCAGCAAAGACUACUCCGCUAACCUCGCAACCCUUCUCGGCUUUGGUGAUAACGACGCUUUCGUCGAGCUCCUUCGCCUCUACAUCACCAUCCACACCGACCACGAAGGCGGCAACGUUUCCGCUCACACCGGUAAACUCGUCGGCUCCGCCCUCUCCGACCCCUUCCUCGCAUUCGGCGCCUCCCUCAACGGUCUCGCAGGCCCCCUCCACGGCCUUGCCAACCAAGAAGUCCUCCUCUGGCUCCGCAAAAUGCAAUCUCAAAUCGGUGAAAAUGCCACAGACGACGCCGUCAAAUCCUAUGUCUGGUCCACCCUCAAGGGUGGCCAAGUCGUCCCCGGUUACGGUCAUGCCGUCCUCCGCAAGACUGAUCCCCGCUACACCGCCCAGCGCGAGUUCGCCCUCAAGAACCUUCCCAAUGACCCUCUCUUCAAACUCGUUGGUCAGAUUUACGAUAUCGUCCCUAGUAUUUUGUUGGAGGCGGGUAAGGCAAAGAACCCGUGGCCGAAUGUGGACGCCCAUUCCGGUGUGCUGCUGACCCAUUAUGGGCUCCACCAAAUGCAGUUCUAUACCGUGUUGUUUGGUGUUUCCCGUGCGUUUGGGGUGGCUGCUCAGUUGAUCUGGGAUCGUGCCCUUGGUGCUCCUUUGGAACGUCCGAAAUCGUACUCGAGUGAAGCUAUCCAGAAAAUGUUCAAGGACAAGCCCUGA